GGACAAGUCGAUGAGCACGCUUAACCCAGAUCGGUGUAAACCACCAACUGAUUGACAAGUUAAAAACAUAAUCAGAGCUUAGUAGUGUAGAACUUGCGAGGUGCGCAUGUCGACCUCCACGCUGCAACGCUUCCAACUUUGUGACUGGCUUGAACUCGGUCUCUCCGCAAGUUAUCUGCCUCCGGCCCUAACUGUACAGAAAGUCUUCGAGUUUUACCCUUGGCGGCCACGCCUUGCAGCGACUCUCGACAUCAAUAGAAGGGCGCUUCGUGCCAAGGCAUCCAUCAAGGAGCCCCUGCUCAACGGCAGCAUCUGCUACCUCCCUUUGGAGCACGCAGUCGAGUAUCGGAACCGCCUGAGCAUUUUGGGCUUCAGCACUCGUGCUUGGUGCCGCUGGGACCUUCCCGACGUAGCGAAUCUGACUUCCGGCGCUGGUUUGCACGACAAUAGCUGGUUACUGCGCCCCCGUGUGGGCUUCGGGCUGUCCCUGGGGGAGGGCAGGCUUUUCACAGUUCUACCCUUGCAGCUGUUGCGGCAGCCUCUGUCGUACUCCUUCAAGACCAGCUUGCCGCUGCUUCCAGGCUUGAGGGCAAAGGCCUAUUGUGAGGCAUCGUUGCGGCUGCCCCUGGCUAAGUGGCUAAACAUCCAAGCGGCCGAGUGGGAGGACGACGGCAACGGGGACAGCGUCGACAACAGUGGGUUUCGGGGUGUGGGCCGCCGCAGCAGCAGGGCGGGAGUUGAAGGAGCAGACAGCAGCCUGGGGCGGCUCCACCUCUGGCUGAACAGGACGGCACUGGUGCUCAACGUGUAGGAGAGCGGCGUAAGGGUGUACUGGGGAACAACGUGAACAACAGGUUGUCUACACGCAGCAGCUAAAGCGUUUUACUUGCAUAUACAGAAGCGCGGCCAACAGUGUGGGUCCGGGCCUAGCAGGCAGCAGGCGCCAGAACUGUAUCGCUACAGGGCCCUACUGCAGAGGAACGGACAGGCUGACAGACGUAGCACAUCUUGACGUUACUGACAGCCCUAUCUAGCAAGAGCGUGCACCGUACACAUACGGCAUUGCAGUGAGCGGGCACGCCGUUUAAAUACCAGCUAGCAGGGUCCCAUCGAGGCCAUCUGCCUGCUCUUUUGGAGGCAUUUUGCAGCGGCUCAGUAAAAUGAGCUUGGCACGGGUGGAGGUCACGCAGGAGGUGCUCCUGGCAAUGCUGAGUCAUGCGCAUUCCACGGAGGCUGAGGAAGUCAUGGGGCUCCUGAUGGGCGACAUUUUGGAGGAUGGCGCGUCGGGUGCUGUGUGUCGGGUUUCGCUGGCCAUCCCCCACAUCAGGACGGACAGGCGCAGGGAUCGUGUUGAGUGUAGCCCUGAGCAGAUGGCUCAGUGCUCCACCCGCGCGGAACACCUGAGCAUUGAGACAGGAAUUCGUAUCAGGAUUGUGGGCUGGUACCACAGCCACCCGCACAUUACGGUGCUACCCUCCCAUGUGGACAUCCGCACGCAGGCGAUGUACCAGCUGCUGGAUCCAGGCUUUGUCGGCCUUAUCGUGUCUACGUUUAACCGAGACGCAGCAUCUCAAUUUGGGGCUGUGCAGCUAACUGCUUUCCAGUCUCUCCCUGCUGGAGGUCACCAUGACCUCGUAUCCGGCCGCGGCCCGCUGGUUACACCGGUCGAGUUCUCAAUUAAGAAAGAGGUCGACGUGGUGGUUGUCCCAUCAUCACAAGCAUCCCUGUUGAAGCGGCAUUCCUUUUCAGACUCAAAGGCGGUAGUGCAGAUGUUGCUUCUGGAGGAGGCAGGGGCCUGCGAGGAAGCGUCCACAGCAGACGGGUUUGCAGCAGGCGGCAGCAGUAGUGCUUCUCUCAUGCGGCCUUGUUAUGAAUUGGCAGGAGUUCACCAUGCUGCCGUGUAUCAGGCACACCUGUCCCGUAUUGUAGAGACCGCUCUACACCCCACGCUGAUGUCCAUGAUGGAGCUUGUUGCACAGCAGCAGUUGCAGGCUAUCCAGUUACAUGGGGAGGUUGCUUACCUCGAGCGGUGCUUCGCUGCUGAUACCCCAGGGGCGCAAUUAAGUGAACAUUACGACGUGUAUGACACUAUUGGCACUUGACAGGAAAUAAUAAUAAUAAUAUUAAUGGUUACGCCGGGCGUAGCCCUGGCGUGUGUUAUGGGGGCGAGGCACGCACUGAAGGGUGUUAUCCCUUGUAUGCCAGCACCACCGUCGGGGUUAGUUGGUGUAGGUAGAGAUUACCCGUCCCCUAUAGCAGGGGGGGUUGUGCCCCGUUCCAGGACACGACGGCAUAAGACAAUCCUGAUAAGGUGGUGGAUGGCAUGGCGGUGUAGGUUAUCGCAGCAUGAGGAGGCGUGUCUGGGGGCCACCCCCAUGGCCAUUAGGGAUUUCUUAAGGUCGGAGCGGAUGGUGCCGGCGAAGCCCAGGCUGAUAGCCUCCUGUGGUGAGUACUGUACAAGCCAUCCGUCCUGGCGGAGGAGGGUCGCAAGCCUGUGGUGCUGCGCUGCCUUUUGGUGUUGUUUCUCCGCGUGCCGGAGGUCGCCAGUGUAGCCUAUCUCAAGGAUAUGUAUAGUGUAGCCAUUUCGAUCUUGGGGGCGUUUUUGGCCAGCAGUGUGCGCUUUAUGGGCUUGCAGGCCCUUCACUAGGAGGAUAUCUGGCCGCAAUUUCUUCCAUUCUUCGGCACUAGUUGACGGGGGCCGCAGCCAGUCAGGUAGGCGUUUUCCAUCUGCGUAGGCCGGGAGGUCAGCCUCCUUUCCGGCAGCCAUAACCAUGUAGUCCCCCCC